AUGAAGCGCUUUUUUGGAAAGAAGAAAGAAGAAGUUCAGCCACAAGUUAAUCUAGAAGAUACAUCCAACCUCUUAGGAAAGAAGAGCGAGGAUAUUGAUAAGCAAAUUGCAGAUAUUAACAAGAAAUUAAGUGAAAUCACAAAACAAAUGAAGAUGCCAUCAAAUAAAUCACGUCUUCCAACACUCAGAAGAAAAGCUACCGAACUACUUAAACGUAGAAAGAUGUACGAAAACUUCCAAGGCAAAAUUGACGGACAAAGAUUUAAUAUCGACAACAUGGCUUUCCAACAGCAACAAAUUAAAGUAAAUAUUGAUACUGUGCAAGCAAUGAAGCAAAGUAAUGCAGCAAUGAAGCAGACAAUGAAACAAUUUACAGUUGAAGAUGUUGAUGACAUGGCAUUGGAUAUGGAAGAUAUGAUGGCUGAAUCCAAUGAGAUUUCUGAUAUAUUAUCACAAGGAAUUGGCAAUGAUAUCGAUGAAGGAGAACUCGAAGACGAAUUAGCAGCUCUUGAGGCAGAAGGCUUAGACGAAGGAGAGUUAGAUAUGGAAGGUAUUGAUGAACCGGGCGGAAAGACACCUGAGAAGGAAACUUGGUAA